UUGAACUAAAAGAGAAGGAUCUAAAGGAGAGGUUAAGUGACCUCAGAGACCACAAUAACAUGAGACAGAUCCUUUCUCAAACUGAACCACGACUUGGUGAGAGUCACAGAUCAGGUGGUAGGUUUGCGCUACCUGGCAUGGAUCAAAUUGAAGAUCCUAGCUUUGAAUCAGAAGAGGUGAAUUUGAGAGACUUUGCGAGACAGAUAUCUGAAGAGAGCGGAAAUAGUCUGAUGAGCAACAAUGAAGGCAAAAAGAGAGACGCUCCUCCUGUUCCUCCGAGAAUAAAAAAGGCAGGGAGUAGAGGAAGUAGUGUCACUAAAGACACGGAUAGUUUGAAAGAUGUGGACAUCUUCGACAAAGAUGUAAAGUAUGAAUAUGAAGAGGCACAAUUUAACGAGCCGAGGAGUGCAGGCUUAGCAAAACAAGAAGUAGACAGUGACUUAUCCAAAAGAGACCCUGUUCAAAGUGAAACUAGUCCUGUUAAAGAGAGUAGAUCCAGAGAGAAUAAGGCAAUAAACCUGCAAGUAGAUAUGAGUCCAAAAAGGGACGCCACAUUUGAAAACAGAAAUGCACAGGGGACACAAAAGGUUAAGCGUAAAGCUCCGUUAAGACCCGAUCAUUUAAACACACCAGAUGACAAUGGGACUAAUCAUUUAGUGGCAGACGAACCUGAAACAACAAAUAGAGCCAGUGAGGAAACAAGCGAGCAUGCAGAGGCUGCUGGUGAAAACCCCAGGGAUAUAAUAUCCCCCUUACUCCUUGUAAAUGGUGUCAGCAUCAAUCAGAGCCCGCCUGAUCAGGGCAGCUUGUCAUCAAAGUCCUCCUACUUCUCCGUGGAGAGUGCGAUGCACAGAAAUACUGAGACAGAGUCAAAUGUUUACCGCUCUCUGGAGAACUUGAUCGGGGAGGUGGAUGAGGUGGAUGAAGACAUAAGGAAUAUCUCAAGAAACACAAAAGAAGAUUCGGAUAGGACGGAAUUGGAAUAUUAUUCUCUGAGUGAUCAUGAAAAUGAGCCGGAGCUUGUAAAACCACCCGUAAAAUCUCCUCAAAAAGAGACAGAGGUACUGUACACGGACAGCAAGAAAGGAGAGACUACUACAGCAGAAGCGUUAGAUCAGGAUGAAAAUAAUCAGACCCCAAUGUCACCUUCCAAUAUUAUCUCACCAACUUUAGGAAUCCCGGCCUUAUUCAAGGUCAAAGACAACACUUUCACCAAUAAGAUGAGGUCAAAGACCGUUCAGCCGUGGUCACCGAGAGGGAGUCUGAGUGGUUCAGAGAAGGGAGAGGAGUCACAUCAAGUGAAAGAAAGUCUAGACCUUCCUCUGCCUAAGGAACCUGACACCAGAGCCAGCUCACCAAUCCCAGAUGAAACCUUCAAACCUGAAGAAGUUUUAUUACAAGUUUCCUCUCCCAUGCCGCUGUCUCCUGCAGAUCUGCAAAGCGAAAGCCCAAAGAAACCCCAGGUUGGAGGGUUCCUCACUGUGCCACUGGAGGAGGACAGAUUGUCUGGGGUGAGUCCGUUAUCUGAAGGCGUGGAGAGCUUAGCAACCAGCGCAGCAGACACCUCUGAUGAGAUGGGACUGAGUGCUGUGGUGUCGAAGGUUCCCAGGGAACGGUCUGUGUCCACCUGCAGUGGAAGUGAAAGCCAAACAGGGUUGCCUAAACCGCCAGUCGUCUUACCCAAGUCUGAAAAGGCUGUUCUGAAAGCUAUCAAGAUUGCAAAUAGAAGAAUGAAGAAGGAGGAGGCACAGAAGUCCUCCCACAAGUCGACUCAGAGCAGCAGCAAACACCGAGUGGACAGACACAAGAGCGACAAGUCUGAGCACAAAAGCAGUAGAAGUAGCAAGAGCAGUGAGAGAAACCACCGAGAGAAGACGGAGGACGGCUAUCGUCACAAUGACAAGAACAGUCAAGAGCAGAGUGAGCAACAACCCUGUGAAAGAAGAGGCGACAGAAGGGAAAACCGCCAUCAAACUCAAACAGACGUGCACCAGAAGACUCGGACACAGAGCCGUGAUCCUGUGGAAAGCAGUAGCCAGAACAGUGAAGUCCUACCCAGUGUGGAACCAGAAAGGCCGGGCCGAAGCAGCAAAAAACACAUGAGAGAAAAGCCGGAGCAAAGACACUACAGCAGCGAUAGGGUCAUCAGUAACGUACCUGUGUACAAAACUCAGCAAGGGGAUAGGCCAACGUCGGACAGGCCAUUCAACCGAUCACAGAGCAUUGAUCGGUACUUAGGGGAGAAAGUGGAGCGCAGGCUGAGCACCGACACGUCGAUGAACGAGAAGGUUGAUCUGAGGACCCAACGCAUCGAAAAAUCCAUCAUGGACGAGCUUCAGCAGAGAGGCAGAGCCAAAGAAAAGCCGAGCAGAGACAACCCAACCAGGAGGAGUCACAGUAUCGAUGCGUACCCAAACCCUAACCCUUCAAACCUCUCCCGUCAAUCGAGCUACAGCAGCCACACCAGCCAGCUGUCUCGCCAGUCUAGCAUCGAGCACGCCAUUGUGACGCAAUCCUUCCCCAUGACCCAACGUAAGCUCUUGCAAGACCCCGACUCCGGCCAGUACUUCUUCGUAGACAUGCCCGUACAAGUCAAGACAAAAACCUUCUUCGAUCCUGAGACAGGAAGCUAUGUGCAGCUGCCGGUCCAGCCACCAGAGGGCGCUGUCCCUCAGGCGUCCACCUUGGAGGUUCUGACCCAGCCUAUGGUUGUUUACCACAGCUUCGUACCGGUGCCUCUGUCUCCCAUGACUCAGACAUCCAUCCAAGCCUCUCAUAUGGAGCCAAGGAUGAGGCAAAUGCACUGUCAGGAGGGACAUCCGUAUUUAGAGCCUGUUUAUGGUCAACCCGACCACAUGUUGGGAGAGUUUCUAGGCACAGAGGAGCUUGACUGUCCAAGCUGAUAGGCUGGUGGAUUUUCCUCCUUUAGGUUACGUUUCUGAUCCUUGCAUUUCUUUUUCUUGUCUUGAAUUACCCGGGACAAAGAAGCUGUGCAGGCCUCGGUUUGGUUUGUAAGGAUUUUUGACUCGACUGUGAACGGACAGAAUUGUAAAUUGAUGAGAGUUGUAUGCUGUUGUUUGAAUGCGAGUUAAAGGAUAAUGUGCAAUUUUUGAGAAACAUACGGGACAUAAUGUAUUAACGUGUACAGAGAUGGACAGCUUGUAUGUAAAUGUGGAAUAUUUAUUUUGAAAUGCUGAGUUUGUUACAACUACAGUGUUUGUUUGGGGUCUUCACCUCUUUUCAGGUAUUUGUUUUUAUUACCUGCCUUGGUUUUUUUUCACCAGACAGUUUUGCAGUCAUCAUGAGAGAUACUUGAAGCGGGCUCAACAAAUGAAUUUCAUUUACAGAUUUGAACUGAUUACGACUAAACACUAAAACCAUUUUGCAUGCCAACGUUGAAAUUGUUGUGUUUGAUACAAAACUAUUUGUUCUUUAUAUUGCCUAAAAGCUUGAACUGGCAUUUGUGCAAUGAAUGUUUUUUAAUAUGCAGGAGACAUGGCGGAGGAUUGGGAUUUGCACGUUUGUUGCAUUGGCCUUUUUCUAAACUAGAAUAAAGCAGGGCUGUAUUGUGUCUGUGAUCCAUUCCAAUAAAAAACAACUGUUGUUACAGAG